UUCCAAAUAAUGUCUCUGCCAUUUUGAUGACCAUCACAUCUGGCUUCGAGGCCGGGAGGCAGAGGAAUUCUGGCAGAAAGCAAAGAGCACAAGACCAGCUACCUGAGUCCUAAACCAACGACCGUUGCCUGUGGCGUCUUGGGGAUUCUGCAAUUAUGGAUGCUCAAAGGGUUUGGCCAGGGUGAUGCUGUCUGCUAUGGAGCACUUCUUUUCCUGAGAGAUCUGAGACCCGGUAAGAUCAUAAAGACUACAGAAGAACUCUCAUUGGUGUUCAUUUCUCCUCUCCACCAUACACUUCCUUCUCUUGGCUUGUGGACUAUGGUGACAGGAAGAUGUUAGCUAGGAAGAGUAUCAUCCCUGAAGAAUAUGUCCUUGCACGCAUUGCUGCCGAGAACCUGGGAAAACCACGUAUCCGGGAUCGCCCACGCAAAGCCCGUUUCAUUGCCAAGAAUGGGGCCUGCAACUUGGCUCACAAGAACAUCCGCGAGCAAGGGCGCUUCUUGCAAGACAUCUUUACCACCUUGGUGGACCUGAAGUGGCGCCACACCUUGGUGAUCUUUACUAUGUCCUUCCUGUGCAGCUGGUUGUUCUUUGCCAUGAUGUGGUGGCUGGUGGCCUUUGCUCAUGGAGACAUGAACUACCCCUGCGUUCUGAAUGACGAUGUCAGUAAGUGGAAGCCAUGUGUGACUUGCAUCAGGUCCUUUACUUCUGCUUUCCUGUUCUCUAUCGAGGUCCAGGUGACCAUUGGUUUCGGGGGUAGAAUGAUGACCGAAGAGUGUCCCAUCGCCAUCACUGUCUUGAUUCUUCAAAACAUCGUGGGCUUGAUUAUCAAUGCCGUCAUGCUCGGAUGCAUCUUCAUGAAAACUGCCCAGGCGCACCGGAGAGCGGAAACCCUGAUUUUCAGCCGGAACGCAGUCAUCGCCGUUCGCAAUGGCAGGCUCUGUUUCAUGUUCAGGGUGGGGGACCUGAGGAAAAGCAUGAUCAUCAGUGCCUCAGUGAGAAUUCAGGUGGUAAAGAAGACCACCACACCUGAAGGAGAAGUUAUCCCUAUCCAUCAGCAAGAUGUUCCGGUUGACAAUCCUCUCGAAAGCAACAAUAUUUUCCUUGUGGCUCCUUUAAUCGUUUGUCAUGUCAUCGACAAGCGGAGUCCUCUUUAUGAUAUCUCUGCCAAUGACUUGGCCAACCAAGACCUUGAAAUCAUUGUUAUACUUGAAGGCGUAGUGGAAGCCACUGGGAUCACCACCCAAGCGAGAACAUCCUACAUAGCUGAAGAGAUCCUCUGGGGGCAUCGCUUCGUACCCAUUGUAACAGAAGAGGAAGGGACCUACGCGGUCGAUUACUCGAAGUUUGGCAACACAACCAAAGUGGCAGCUCCACGCUGCAGCGCCAAGGAGCUCGAUGAAAAGCCCUCCAUCCUCAUCCAGACGCUCCAGAAAAGCGAGUUGUCCCAUCAGAACUCCUUGCGGAAGCGUAACUCCAUGCGGCGGAACAACUCUAUGCGGCGGAGCAACUCCAUGCGGCGGAACAACUCAUCUUUCAUUGUGCCCAAAGUCCAAUUUAUAACGCCAGAAGGGAAUCAAAAUGCACUGGAGACAUGACAGGCCUCACAUGACCAAAUGCAGGUCUUUUGUAGAAAUGGGGAUGUUAUUUUUUUUUACUCGCGUUUUACUCAGUUCUUAACUUGGUGGGAAACAAAAUGGGACUGGGCUUAUUUAUUAUAUGGCAGCACUAAGUCAAGGCAAAUACAGACACUAAGGUGAUAGGCCUUUGUCUGGGCUGUACCACUUCAGAUUCCUGGGGAGGGAGAUUCAUGCAGUAUAUACAAAAUAUCUAUACAAAAUAUCCCCUCAACACAAAGGGCUGCAUGUUCAGGCAAAGCAUGAUCGUUUUCUGUGUGGAGGGAAUUUGGAUUAUGGGAGAAUAUUCAGUCAUGUGAGCCAUCUAAAGUGGUACAGCCCAGACAUAGGUUUGCCUGCCACUUCAGUAAGAGCCUCCAUCCAUGUGAUAUUAACUAUGGGUAGCUUCCCAUAUGACAACACUGUGAUCUAGGCCUGUCUCCACCAUGUUUGAAAGUAUUACGUAGGAUUACCGAUUAUAUGGGACUAGCAAUUAGCUACUACUGGAGGCUGCCUCUGGAAAGUGUUCAGAAAUGCUCGCUGGUGCUGGAGGACUUCCCCGCCACCAGCAGGCACCUGGCACCCUACAUAGAAGGGAUGGACUGUUCACCAUAGGAAAAGUUACGUGGAAAUGAACUAUACAUUAAAGUUAAGACACAAUUGAGGUGUUAGUGACAGAUUAUUAUCUCACAUCUCUAAUCUCACAUUUCCAGAUGACAACCUUAAUCAGAGGUGACAGAAAGAACUGUUGAAAUUGCAGGUAGUAGAUUACAGCUUUGAAUGUCCCCUGGCCUUUAAAACUCCAACAACCACAAGCAAACAGGGCUCCCCUGGGUAAAGCAACCGCUAACAAAGAAAACACACACCUGGAAGUAAA